AUGGAUUUUACCUCUCGUUACUGCCGCAGGCGCAUGGAGAAUGCAAUCACAUGUCCAAGCUCAGCCGUUGGAGUAAAUUGCUUUCAAUUUGGCUUUUGCAUGCCAACCAUCCCUGCAAUUGACUUUCCCAUCAGCCUUCAUCCCGAUUGGAUGGGGAAUAUGGUUCAAUCUCGCCCAGAGAUCACGCUUGGAAAUAUGGUGAUUCCUGGCUCGCACGAUGCUGGAUCCUACUCCAUUGAUUCCUUCAAGUUCUUCUCGGCUGUCGGUCGGAAUCAAAAUGUUAGUGUUCUCGAUCAGCUUCACCGUGGUUCCCGAUCCUUGGAUAUCAAGUUGGGCGAAUCUGGAGCCAGUGUGAAUGUGUUCCACGGAUGUUUGCAAGGAGCAAAGUUGGAUCGUAUUGUGGAAGAGAUCAAGCUCUUUUGCGAAGAUUUCCCAGGCGAGUUUGUAGUGAUUGAGCUGUCCGCCGAAGCUGGACGCACAUUUAGUUCGGCCAAGAAGCUUGGGGCUCUUGAAUCCGUGAAGGAAAUGCUUGGAGAAAAGAUGUAUGCCGAAGAUGAUGUAUCUAAGCUCUUGGGCACUCCUAUCAAGGAUCUUGUCAUGGGUGGCAAGCAAGUCUGCGUCCUUCUCGGCCCUCGUUUUAUGCUCGACUUGGAGAUGGAUGGAAGUCCAGUCACCGACGAGUACCUUUGCGAACACUUCAGCUGUUACCGAAGUGACAAGUGGAUGGAGAACAAGUUUAACAACACUCGGGAUAUCGACGACAUGUUAGAAUUGAAUCUUGAAGAAGUCAAAGAAGAAAGCAAAAAGGGAAAGUUUUUGAACAAUCAGUUCGUCCUAACCCCCGGAGUUGGAGGCGCUCCAGACGUUGCCAAGCUCCUUUUUGGUUUGAACUCUCUGCAGCCUGUCUACCUUGCCAACAAUCUGUACAAACCCGCAAAAAGACAUGCCUCUCCUCCCUUGCACACUUUCUUCCAAGAGCAUGGCACUGAGAACUGGAACAUUGUCUCGCUUGACUUUAUUGAUUUGUGUCCAGCGAUGAUGGGUUUCUUUGUUGGUUUGAAUUUUAGCGAAUUUGAAAUCAUGCUGGCGACGGUUCAAUACGGAAACCCCAACUUUUUCCGUCCCUCCAUGUCGGUCACGCAAAAGGUGCAAUCCCACGUGGUGCGAAACAGGGUGCUCUUCCUCAACGUUGGAAAGGAUUUCGGAAGCAACUUUGGAACGUUGACAUUGGCAUAUCGAGUGAAUGACAAAUUCUACUCCAUUGUCAUUCACUUUGACGGAUCGUCUGUAAUCGUUCUGAAUGAAUACAAUCAUCUGCAAGCUGGCAGCAAGGAAAUUGUCAUUGAUGAUGAUGCCGAAGAAGGAAGCAUCAACCCAGGAGGUGGUGGUACACUCAUGACCUGGUGCAGAUCAGAAGAAGGAGACGACAUCGAAUUCGACUUUGAUUCACCUUUCUAG